AUGGUCUCUUCCGCUGCUGCAACGACACUCUUGUUUGUUGUCGUUCCCCUCCUCUUGUUUGCUAUGCGCCGUCUCCGAGGCAGCUCGAAGGAGCUCAAGGAACCCGAGCUCAUAGUUCGCUCAUCGGAAGCUGCUAUACGGCUUAACAACCUCCUUGCGUCAGCUUUGCCUGAGGAUGUUGUUGUCCUCCCCAAAGAUGCUACCAAUUUCAGAAAAUCAAUGAACACGUACUGGGCCCGGCAGGAGUGUGAAGUUGUACCAGCGUGCGUUGUCAGGCCACAGAACAUCAACCAGCUCUGCACGGCUGUCACGAUCCUCAAGCGCGAGUAUGACAGGCGAAGAAGCCAAGAUGGCGAGAAAGAAUGGAUCAAAGCCAGUGGUUUAUUUGCCGUUCGUAGCGGUGGGCACUCCGCGGUCUCGCACGCUGCCAGCAUCGAAGACGGCGUGAUGAUUGAUAUGAGCUUGUUCUGCGACGUGACGCCCUCUGAGGACGGAUCUAGCGUUGUUAUCGGUGCAGGAGCUAGAUGGGGUCCAGUUUUCGAAAUCUUGGCCGCGCAGGGCCUUGCUGUUGCUGGUGGAAGAAACUCCCAUUUACCACCAACUGAGCCUAAGCUAACCGAAACAAACGAUAUUGUUAGGCGGCAUAUCGUUCUUCUCCCAGCGAAUCGCUACGAAAUUGUGCUCGCGUCUGGAACCGUCGCCAUAGCCUCACCAGCUACCAAUCCUGACCUCUGGCGCGCCCUGAAAGGCGGUGGUAACAACUUCGGCAUCCUAACUAGCAUCACCCUUCGUAGCUUCCCAUCCUCCGACAUAUGGAGUGGCUUCCUCUACUUACCCUCCAGCGGUGCACAAAAGGCCCUCCACGCCUUUCAUGAAUUUGUCCACAGAGCACACCCUGAAAAUACUGGCGUUAGUUACGACCGUUACGCAUCUGGUCCUAUUGCUUGUUUCACCUAUCUUCAACAACUUGGUAUACAGGCUGUUUCCGUGAACCUCGUUUACACAAAGCUCCCCGAGAAGAAGAAAAAAUGGCCUGAGUGCUGGGAUAGCUCUGGUUUCAAGCCCCUCUGGCGCAUCUGGAGCACCUGCAAAGUCCGUUCCCUCGCAGACGCCUGUGAUGAGAUGAAUUCGCUCAACCCUCCCGGUAGACGCCAAGUUCUUGCUACCACAACUAUCAAGAACGAUAUGGCCACUCUGCAGGCCGUCUACGCUGCCUAUAAGGAUGCAAUCGCCCCUAUCAAACAAGCAAACAUCAAGGGUAUGUCGUGGACACUUGUUCUACAGCCAAUGCUACCAAACUGGGCUGGUGACGGCUGUGAUGGGGGCCCUUUCGGAUUGUCUGAUACUACCGAACCUCUUGUCAUUGUUUCUUUUACCGUCAAUUGGAUUGAGAAAAGUGACGACAAGCUCUCUGAGAAGUUGACUCGCGAGGCAAUUGAGCAAAUCGAUGCUGCUGCUACCGCUAACGGAACGGGCCAUCGGUAUCGAUAUAUGAACUACUGUGGAGACUGGCAGAAGCCAUUUGAAGGAUAUGGAGAGGAAAACGUGAAAUUUUUGCAGGGUGUAAGCAGGAAAUAUGACCCAGAGGGCUUGUUUCAACGAGGUUGCGUAGGCGGGUUCAAGCUUGAUCUGCGCUACUAG